UUUUUUGACUGCCAACGAACCUCAGAUCGGAAGUUCUCAGUUUUCUUCCCAAACGAACUUUCCCGAGAAAACCUUUUCGUUCACUUUCUAGUCAAAAUGGCGACACCUCAAUUCCUAUCAUCGUUUAAAUACUCAGACAGCCUAACAGUGGUAGCCAUCUCCUUUUGCACAGCCGUAGUCUGCGAAGCCAUAUCCUGGCUCUUAAUAUACCGAACCAAUUCUUACAAAUCCCUCAAAUCCUCAAUUGACAAAGCUGCCAAGAAACUCGAAACCAUGAAGACCGACCAAAACCCAAACAAGUUAUCCAACAAAAAAUCCAAAACCAAGAAAAUCGACCGUGUCGAAACCAGCCUUAAAGAAUCCAGCCGUGACCUUUCCCUAUUCAAGUUCAAAUCUGGGGCUGUCGUGGCCCUGGUUUUGAUCGUCGUUUUUGGGUUCUUGAAUUCGCUUUUCGACGGGAAAGUUGUGGCCAAAUUGCCCUUCAAGCCGAUUGGGAUUGUGAUGAAGAUGAGUCAUAGAGGGUUACAAGGGGAAGAUUCGACGGAUUGUUCGAUGGUGUUUCUGUAUUUCUUGUGUUCGAUUAGUAUAAGGACUAAUUUGCAGAAAUUUUUGGGAUUUUCGCCGCCGCGAGGAGCUGCUGGUGCUGGGUUGUUCCCAAUGCCUGACCCCAAGACUAAUUGAUUCAGUUUUAGUUGAUCUUUGGGGGGAAUUUAAGGAACUGGGUAUGUCAUUUUUUGGGUUUUUUAAGAAAUUAAUUUUAGCUACUAUUUCUCUAAUGAGAUUCAUGUUUUAGUUAAUGGGAAUUUGGAGUUUUGGAUUUUAUGUGAUUAUUAAUGACAAUAACUGGGUUUUAUAUUUGAAAA